UUUUUUUUCCAAGUAGAUCUUUCAUCAUUGUACGUACAUGGAGUUCUGACAGUAAAAUUAGAACACAUUAUUUUCCCCCAAAUGGGGACCCUUCAAACAGCAUGUGGCCUGGCGGCUAAUCUAGCUAAGCUAAUUAACAACAAUUCUUACUAAAUCUAGUCCUAGUAGUGGUUUGUUUGCAUACGAUGAGAUUAUAAUUUAAAAGUACAACGUUAUUAGAGUUGCAGGAGACACUUAAUCAUCUUAGGUUCAUGCAUGUCUGCGUGCGAGAAUCUAAUAGCAACAAUCACUCAUCGUGGGCUAGUUAUAAUUAUGCUUGUCGUUUGCAGAUUAAUUAAUGAAGACUUCAAUCAGAUGGCAUCGCCAUUAUAUAUCUUAAUCCCAUCAGAUGUUUUACGAUAAUUUUGUUAUGGUGCUCCGCGUACUGUGUGAAUGGAAUAUGUGUUUUGUCCAAUUCGAAGUCAUUUGGGUCCAACCCAACACUCAUAUGAAUUCUGCAAUUAGGUCUGAUUACCCAAUAAGUGACCCAUUGACAAUAUCCCUAUGCAUAUACACCUGUUCUUUUUGGACUCCAUCACAACGAAGCAAGAAGGUGAUAGAAGUUAAUUAACUGGUGCAGUUUCAUGCAGUGGAGGUAUCAUCUGUUCAGUCGGCUGAUUGCUUAUUAAGAUGGAGUUCAUGAGAAUGUCUGAGUACCAGGAACAAAAGAUGCUCUUCCUAGGUACACUACAUGGAGUUCUGACAGGGGGAAAAAAGAGAGAGAGAACCUUAUUUUCCCCAAAUGGGAACCAGAUUACCAUAGAUAUAUAGAUUACUGUUCCUUAAUUAUGUUUACCUAUGUCUAACUCAAGAUUCAAGAAGGCGCUAGGCGUAAGGCGAGCGUUGAGGCUUUGCCUAUAGUGCCUAGCUCGCCUAGGCGUAGAGUAGGCGUGGCUAGGCGGUGGAAGAAAAAUACCUAUUCGCACUGCAUGAUGAAUGAAAUAAUAAUCUAGGACACUUCUUCAAUUUAGUUAAAAUGGUCAGUAACUUACUCAACACUUAAUGACAAGAACAUAACUCACGAAUUCAUAGAAUCAUAGAUCAAUAGCUCACAAAGUUCUUGAGCUAUUGAAAAUAUUAAUAUAGAAAUUUUUUUUAGUAGUUGACGUUAAUUCCCUCCUAUAAUAUUGACUUACUAGCUCCAUCUAGUUAUGUUUAGGAGAGACUUAGAUGUCGCCUUACUUCAUUGACGUGCUCCAUUAUCUAACUAGGCGCGAACCCCCCUAGGCAAGGCGUUUUGCCAUUGCCUUGCACCUAGGCGUGCCUAAGCAUAAGGUUAAGCGUGCCUUUUUGAACAAUAUUAUAACUAUCAGAUGGUGAUGGUUUCAUUGUAAACCUACGUCUACUCAGGAGUGUGCAACGUUCAAUCCGGUUCAGACCGAACCUAAUUAAUCCAUCAGAGCCGCGGUUUAAAUAGUGAAAGAUAUCUUAGGACUAAAAACCGGACAAUCAUUGUAUUCAGUCCAUUUGGUCCGGUCCAAAUAUCAGUUCGGUCAAUAUUUUCUUCAAUAAUUAUAAAAUUCACAGGAUCAAGAAUCGGCCGACCACAUUAUACUUGGUUCAAUACAAUUUGGUCCAAACGCCAGUUUGAUCCGAUACGGACCGGAACAUUGUACACCAUACCCUAUAUGUCUACCACUUUGGAGUGGGGAAGUUGAGCAAUUAGUAGGUCUCGACUUGAAGCUCAUGGAGUCAGAAGGAGACUUCUGAAUUGCUCCCCGUGUUUGGGUUCCAGGAAAGUUCUAAGGUUUUGCAAUGUCCAGGGGUUCUAUAAAAUUGAUAAUCAAAAUUGAUCUCCAUUGGGGGUUUGACCAGAUUAAGAAUCAAGAAGGGAGGGAGGAAUGGAGGCGGCGCAGCCCUAAUUCAUAAAAGAAACUGAUCUCUAAUGGGGUUUUGACCAGAUUAAGAAUCAGGGAGGGAGAGAGGGAUGGAGGUGGCGCAGCCUUGGAGUUAAUUGAUAAUAAGCUUUUUGGGCGGAUUUGACGGCUAUGAGGGAAUAUCAUUGAACCCAUAGACUCAAUUUGUGAUUCAAAUGGUUUUCGUUGCGGCAACCAUUGUUUCUCUGCGAAUCGGAAAAUUGGAGGAUUCGACAAAACAAGAAAGAAAACGACACACAGAUUUACGUGGUUCACUAAAACAAUGUGUGUUAGCUAGUUCAUGGGCGAAAGAGAGCCCAUUUCACUAUAUGUCGAGGAGAUACAAAUUACAGAUGAGUAUGAGAAGUAAUUAUAUAGCACUUCUCCAUGACUUCACUAUAUUUGCAGUGAGACCCCUGUGACAUCCAGUCGUAGCGCCAGAUAGUCCGAUUCAAGUCACAUCAACACAACGGAUGGACUCCGGUGAAAUUCCAUAUUUUCUAUCCUAUUAAAAAUAGUAUGGAUAUUGCAUAUACUUAUACUCACACGAGAAUCAGGUAGAAUAUCAAAACCAUGUUCACAUCUAAUCGAGUUCCGGGUAUCCACGGUUAUCUAAGGAUAAUAAAUUUUUUGUAUAACUCCAACCAACAUGUUAACAUUCACACGUAUACUGACACUACGUAAAUGGGGAAGUAUGAUGAUAAAUCACUAGAAUGAAGAAAAGUAGUUAAAAACAACACUAUUGGAUGAAAAUAUUAUAUAUGUAUGUUAAAUAAUUAAAUAUCUUAAGAAAAUAAUGUCAUUUUACUUUACGUAUGCAUAUGUAUAAUCGGAAAGGUUCAAAUUGGAUGGUGAGAAAAUCACACCGACCCGCGUUGCCCGCAAUAUUCGACUUCUAAUUUUAUCCAUACCCACUAAAAAUUCUCGAGAAUUGGGUUUUACCCUAGCCGAUUUGGUCAGAUUCGAGCGAGUAUCCUUGUAGAUAUAUUUUCCAUUUCCAUGCUUUCAAACCGUAAGUUAAUUUUGUUAUCGUUAUUAUUCAUUUGAAAUAAUAUAUCCAUAGAUAGUAGCCUAUUACAAACAUAGGUUAAAAUCACUAUUUCUUACUUGAAAUGAGUGAAUGGAAUUUUAUUACCAAAAUAAAUUAUUACCGCCGCAAAAAAACUAGUUUCCAUUAAUAGAGAGCUGCUGCAGGAGACACUUAAGGGAGCGGAUCAGGCCAGUAACCCUUGCGGUGAGUAAUCAUCAGUAAUCUGAUUACAUCCGCAUGACAUAAGCAUCUCCUCUUUCCAGGAAAGCCUUUUAUCUUUUCCCCUUUAAUUUUUAACGGACGAUUUCUCUCUCGUUUUAAGAAGAAAUAUAAAUUUUUUUGCACAGAUAAAUCAGAUUAAAUGUCAUAUGAUAGUAGGAGUAUACUAACUGUCAUUUACGACUUUCAUCAUUGUUUACCACAAAUUACCACCCACAUACCAUAGUGGUAAAGUAUGGUAAUUUUUUGUCCAAUAUUUUUUUCACCCAGAAAUUUUUAGAUCCAAUAGAUCAUGAUGAACUCGUUCCUUCUGAGCAAACGUUUUCAUAAAUGACUUAAAAACGAAGAAGUUACUAUAUGGUAUGUAGUUGGUAAAAAUAAAGUUUCUUGAAAUAUAUUGAAAAUUGAUCUCAUUUUGUAGAGCACAACGAACUCGUUCCAUGUGUGCAAAAAAUUUGAAAUCCGAGUUAAAACGAAGAAGAUAAGAGCAGAUUAUGAAAACUAUGGAAAAUAAAAUGUGUUUAAUUGACAACUCUUAGAUCUGAAUUUUCUAGGUCCACUUGGAUCUAAAUGUCCAUAUUUAGUUACUCAUAGAUCAUUAACCAAUGGUUACUGAAACUAUUCUAAGCCGACACUUAACUUAAUUAAUUAUCAGUUUAUACAUAUCUCCGUAGGUUCAUGCAUGUAUUUGCGAAUCUAAUUAAUGGGCAGCUCUUCCUAAAAAUUAUAUUGUCGUUUGCAGAUUAAUUAAUGAAAACCCUCCAAACCGAUGCCAUCGUCAUUAUCUUAAUCCUGAUUAUUAAUUACAGGUGAUAUCAUCCUUAAUUACCAUAGUGUAUAUAUGCCAUCUCGUGUCAUCUCAUCUACGUACCAUAUUCAUCUUUUGUAAGCUUGAUUUCUCUCUCAAACACAACAACGAAAGACAGACAGAAAGAAAGAACACUCCUUUCUAAUUAUAUCCAUCCAUCCAUCAAUGGCUGCAACUUCCCUUUGUCACUUUAAGGCUACGCACCGGUCGCCGUUUCCUUUUGGCUCCGCCGCCAGGCCCAGCCGGCCCAUACAACUUCCGGUUAACCACCUGAGACUUUCUCGCGUGGGGAAGAAAUGGGCCGCACUCCAUCGAUCAAACUAUAACAAUAACAAUAAUGCAGUUGUGAUGAUGGUGGCCGCCGAGAGAGCAACCGUUGAGAGGAUAGAGUCGGCUAAGUUCCAGCACGCACUUUGGGAGGAACACUUCCACUCCGCCGAGAAAGAAAGAACACUCCUUUCUUCUACUACUGCUCAUCGGCUGGAAAGGAGGGAGUAUGAAGCUCUGAAAGAAAAGGUGAGGAAGAUGGUUGCAGCUGAGAGUGAUCAUGUGUCGGUAACCGAGAAGCUGCGGCUGAUAGAUGCGAUCCAACGAUUAGGGAUUGGGUAUCACUUCGAGACGGAGAUGGAAGAAGCACUGGAGAAAGUUUAUGUUCUUGCUGGGGAAUCGUUCAUCGACGGUGCUGAUCUGUAUCACGCAGCUCUCUGGUUUCGACUCCUGAGACAGCAAGGAUUUCGUGUUUCUCCCGAUGGGUUUAGAAAGUUCAUGGACUGUGAAGGAAAGUUCAGAGAAUCGUUGGCUUCAGAUGAUCGAGGGCUACUAAGCUUGUACGACGCAGCACAUUUGGCAUUCCAUGGAGAAGACAUAUUGGAUGAAGCCAUGAACUUCGCAACCAGGAACCUGGAGUCCAAUAACAUUGCUGUUCACGACAGCUCUUCUUCAAUAUUCAACUCCCUCUGCUUUCCUAUAUGGCAAUGUGUCCCCACGACACUUGCAAGGCACUCCAUCGACGUCUCCUCUGACCACCACGCCUCCCGUGGUCAAGCAGUCAUAGUGAGGUUCACAAAGUUGGACUUCAACAUGUCGCAGAAAUUCUAUCAGGAGGAGCUCCACCUGCUUUCAGAGUGGCGGGCAAGUCUUGAAGUGUCUAUCAAGUUCCCAUAUGCGAGAGACAGACUUGUGGAGUGCUAUUACUGGUGCAAUGCGGUUGCCUUGAAUCCCAAGUAUCGCUUGUCAAGGAUCAUACUUACCAAGUUCGCAUAUGCGGUGACCCUCCUGGACGACGUCUACGACAACUUCGGUAACUACGACGAGCUUGAGAUCCUAACGGAUGCGAUUGACAGGUUGGAUAUGAGUUGCCUGGAAACAGUUCCAGACACGAUGAGAGACAUCUACGUGAUCAUCAUCAAUCUGUUCGACGAAAUCGAGCAGGAGCUCUCAGAAGCUGGACAUGAAAGUACAUAUGGUCUCGAUUACUCUAAGGCAGAGUUCAAGAGACUUUGCAAAGCCUUCUUGGUUGAGACCCGUUGGCGCACUGAGGGCGUGGUUCCCACUCCAGAGGAGUACAUAAUGACUGCCAAAGUAACCACCACCUACCCUUUCCUUUGCACACUUUCAUUCUGUGGGGUGGGAGACCACAUAGCCACCAGACAUGCAUUUGAGUGGGUAACCGAUGAAACCAACAAGAUGGUGACCGCUGCCUCCCUCGUCUGUAGGCUCCAAAACGACGUCGUGUCUCGUGAGUUCGAGCGCGGGAGGGAGCACGUGGCGUCCGCCAUGGAGUGCCACAUGAGGAAGCACCGAGUCUCUGAAGAGGAGGCCAUAGUUGCUGUGUGGGGAGAUAUUUCGGGAGCUUGGAAAGACAUGGCGGAAGGGUUUCAGAAACCGAAUCCGCUUCCCGUGGCUUUGAUGAAUCGGAUUCUCAACACUGCGAGGGUGGCGGCCGUGGCGUACGAGAAGGCCGAUGCUUUUACUCACUGCCACCUUCUCAAGGCGCACAUGGCUGCCCUCUUCGCUGAUCCGGUGCCGCUUUGAAGUGUUGGAAUAUGUGGCGCGCUUGGGUUUUUAGCAACCGUUUCUGGGCUUUUCGGCGACCGCUAUUUUGUGGUGUGUUGUUUCGUCACGAAAAGCUGGUUCCUGUUCUUCAAGGCUCAAGCAUGUGUCAUGUUUGUUCUCUUCUUUGGUGUCAUGUUUAUCGUCUUGUGUUCUUCAUUUCAAUCACCAUGUAAUUAUAAAGGCUCCUUGCUAAUUGAUUUCUAUUUCAUAAUGUUUUAUGUGUAAAUAAGUGGUGCACUCCCGGUAAAAAAAAAAAAAAAAAAACUAAUUGGUGCACGUACGGGUAGAGGAGGUGGGCAAUGGGUUGGUCCAUACCGUACACCACACAUGAUCGAAUCGAUGUUUGGACCAGAUUAUAUCGAAUCGAAUAUAUAUAUAUGGUUCGA